CUGGCCAAUCCGCUGAAGGCAGGGUGGAGUUAUGGAAGCAGUUCUACUCAAGUUAGGUCAGCCUCGCAGACAGUGACAAAACAGUUGCGCUUUCUUCGUCAGUCACUCGUCAACAACUUGUGUUACUGCAAACAGAUUGAACGCAGCCAUGACAAAGGACCCAAAUAAGCCCAGAGGGAAAACCUCCUCCUAUGCUUUCUUUGUUGCGACCUGCCGUGAGGAGCACAAGAGGAAAAACCCAGGUGUCAGUGUUAGCUUUUCAGAGUUCUCAAAGAGAUGCUCAGAGAGAUGGAAGACCGUGUCACCCAAGGAGAAGGUGAAGUUUGAGGAAAUGGCCAAGAAUGACAAGGUCCGAUAUGACCGUGAGAUGAAGACAUAUGUCCCCCCAAAGGGUGCCAAAAAGGGCAAGAAGAAGAAGGAUCCCAAUGCCCCAAAGAGGCCACCUUCUGCUUUCUUCGUGUUCUGUUCUGAUCACCGCCCCAGAAUCAAAGAGGAGAACCCUGGAAUCUCCAUUGGUGACAUUGCCAAGAAACUUGGAGAGUUGUGGGGUACACAGACUUCCAAAGAUAAGGCUCCUUAUGAAGCAAAGGCUGCCAGACUGAAGGAAAAAUAUGAGAAGGAUGUGGCUGCCUACAAAGCCAAAAGUGGGUCUGGAAAGAGUGAUGCUGGUAAGAAGAGUGGCCCGGGUAGGCCCCCUGCCAAGAAAACACAACCAGCUGAUGAUGACGACGACGAUGAGGAAGAUGACGAUGAUGAAGAAGAAGAUGAUGACGAUGAGGAUGACGAUGAUGACUAAACAAUUUGUUAAUGUGUGAAGUCUGCAAUGUGUUUUUCAGCAUAAGUAUGUUUUGUGCAUAUGAUUAUAGCCUGCUGUCCCUGUUGGUCGGCCUCAGUAGGAUACCAGACCUGUAUUCUUUUUCUAAUUCAGGGAUGUAGUUAUUAUAUUGUCACGUAGCCCCACUAUGCUCCCUCCACUGAACAACGGUUUGCUAUGUUUUAGAUCUCUGUUGCUAUCUGAACCGGCAACCAGACAACUUCCUGUGAUAAUACAAUUAACUCCUCUACUGGCAAUGGGCAGCAGUAAAUCUGUCACGUUUUAAAGUUUCUUGAAACACUGCUAUAUUUUCUGUUUAGUGUUGCUGUACCUUGAGUUAUUUUACUUUCCAGAUUGAUCUGUAGUUAGAAUAAGUGUUUGCAGCCAUUUUAAUGUGGAACAUUGAAGACUUUCAUGUA